AUGGCGGCGGCGGCGGCGGUUUCGCUUCGCGGGGCGGUGCUGGGCCCGCGGGGCGCGGGGCUGCCCGGGGCGCGGGCCCGGGGCCUGCUGUGCGGCGCGCGGCCCGGGCAGCUCCCGCUGCGGACGCCUCAGGCAGUGUCCUUGUCGUCGAAGUCUGGUCAGUCCCGGGGCCGGAAAGUGAUGCUGUCGGCGCUGGGCAUGCUGGCGGCCGGGGGUGCAGGGCUGGCUGUGGCUCUGCAUACGGCCGUGAGUGCCAGCGACCUGGAGCUGCACCCCCCCAGCUACCCGUGGUCUCACCGCGGCCUCCUCUCCUCCCUGGACCACACCAGCAUCCGGAGGGGCUUCCAGGUGUACAAGCAGGUGUGCUCCUCCUGCCACAGCAUGGACUACGUGGCUUACCGCCACCUGGUGGGCGUGUGCUACACCGAGAGCGAAGCUAAAGCCCUGGCUGAAGAGGUAGAGAUUCAGGACGGCCCCAAUGACGACGGGGAGAUGUUCAUGCGGCCAGGAAAGCUGUCUGACUACUUUCCCAGACCGUACCCCAACCCUGAGGCUGCCAGAGCGGCCAACAAUGGAGCAGUGCCCCCUGACCUCAGCUACAUAGUGCGAGCGCGACACGGAGGUGAAGACUAUGUCUUCUCCCUGCUCACCGGCUACUGUGAGCCCCCCACCGGGGUGUCGCUGCGCGAAGGCCUCUACUUCAACCCCUACUUCCCUGGCCAGUCCAUCGGCAUGGCUCCCCCCAUCUACGACGAGGUCUUGGAGUUUGAUGAUGGUACCCCAGCUACCAUGUCCCAGGUAGCUAAGGACGUGUGUACCUUCCUGCGCUGGGCAUCCGAGCCAGAGCAUGACCAUCGGAAACGCAUGGGACUCAAGAUGUUGAUGAUGAUGGGCUUGCUGUUGCCUCUGCUCUACGCUAUGAAGCGGCACAAGUGGUCAGUACUGAAGAGCCGGAAGCUGGCAUAUCGUCCACCCAAGUGA